AUGCUGCUGUUCCUCAGGGAUGAGGUUUGUGCUCACCGAUAUCAGGAGGGGAGUUCAAGCCAAUACUCCCCCAAUGUGCUGACUGGUCAGUGCUACCUUUUAGGAGAUGACCUGCAAGUUGGGGCAGAAGAGAGGAGUUGGAGGAGGGUAGUUUGUGAUCUUGAACACCUGAGCAGACGGCAAAAGAACCAGGACUGGUUUGCUUACUGCCAACAGGGUCAUGGAGCAGCUUUUGCAAAGGAUAACACUUCAUUGCUAAUUGGAGCGCCAGGGGCUUACCAGUGGAAAGGUAUUGUACGAAUGGAGCAUUUGGAUGACUUGGACUUUGACAGUGAAAGGCCAUGUGAAACUGGUGAUAUUGACCAGUUUAACCAUAAACUGAUUCCUCUCCAGAGAACCAGCUACCUUGGGUUUUCUGUAGACUCUGGAAUGGCCCUCCUCAAACAGGGGGAGCUGACAAUCGUAUCAGGAGCUCCCAGAGGGGGUUACAGCGGCCAGGUGGCGUUCAUGAAGACAGACCCUUUGGCCAAGAGAAAUCUGUCUGUGGAGCUGGUUCUGUCAGGGCCUGGUUUGGCCUCCUCCUUUGGUUAUGAUUUGGCAGUGCUGGAUCUUAAUAAUGACGGCUGGGAUGAUCUUGCUGUUGGAGCACCAGAGUUCUUUGUGAAAGACGGUAAAAUUGGAGGAGCAGUUUUCAUCUUUAUUAAUACUGAAGGAAAAAACUGGGAGAAAAUUGUUCCCAUCCAACUUCAUGGCAACGCAGACUCAAUGUUUGGACUUGCAGUGGAAAAUAUCGGCGACAUUAACCGGGAUGGUUAUGGAGAUAUUGCGGUUGGGGCACCAUAUGAUAACUCUGGUCGAGUGUAUCUGUACUAUGGAUCACCUAGUGGUAUCAACAAAAAACCAGCACAGGUACUUUCACCAGGUUUAAAGACAGUAAGUCUUUUUGGAUAUUCACUAAGCGGUAACCUGGACAUGGAUAACAAUGAUUACCCUGAUCUGGCUGUAGGCUCCCUGUCAGACCAUGUUUUUGUUUUCAGAGCUAAGCCGGUGGUCAGUUUCAUCCCCUAUCUUAACAUAACACCAAGUCAAAUAGACACAAUGAAGGAAGGCUGCAAUAAACGAACAUGGUAA